AUGGAAGAGUCCUGGUCGUCGGGCGGCGCGCCGCUUUUGCGCACGCGGUCUUUGCCUCUAGUCCUCGAAGCGAGUGGCGCUCCAGCACGGCAGCCGAAGCUCGAUCCUCGCCAGCUUCUAACUCUAACACGGCAUUACUACCCAGAGGGAGGGUGGGGAUGGGGCGUGGCUUUUGCUGCAACUAUAGCGCAACUAUUAGCUCAUGGGUUGCAUCAAGCGGCCGCCGUACUAGCCGUAGAAGUCGUCAGGCGAUUCGGACCAGAGGUUCGCAUGCAAGCAGGAUGUCUCGGCGCGAUAUCAGCGGGGGUGGCUCUAGCACUAUCGCCAGUGACGGUAGCUCUGUGCGUACGCAAGUCUACGCGCGUGACAGCCGUCGUAGGCGGGCUGGUCGCCGCCCUCGGGUGUCUCUUCACGUCCUUCGCUACACAGUUCCACCAACUAUUCUUCAGUUACGGGACGGUAGUAGGAGUUGGAGUAGGACUAACGCGAGACUGCUCAACGCUAAUGGUAGCGCAAUAUUUCAAACGAAGACGCGAAUUAGUGGAGAUCUUCAUUGUAAGUGGCAGCGGCCUCGGUAUAGCUGUUAUGUCCACUUUCAUCAAAAGUGCAAUCAGAGCUAUCGGGUGGAGACUUGGACUGCAGGCGGUGACGGGAGUAGUUUUCGUCACAUUCAUACUUGGAACCUUUUACCGCUCUGCAUCACUAUACCAUCCACAGAGACGUGCAAUUCUGCACCUUAAAAAUCAAAACAAGAUCAAGAGGAAAAUGAAAGACAAAAACAAAUCAGAUGAUAGGCAGCCAUUUUUCGACUUUUCUACACUUAGAUCUAAAACUGUAAGAAUCUUACUUAUGUCUACUGGAAUAUCAGCAUUUGGGAUCAAUACACCAAUAUUUUAUUUAGCUUAUCAUGCUGAAGAAGAAGGAUUAGGCGAUACGGCAGAACUACUCCAAGCAUAUCUCGGACUGGCAUGGGCAGUGGGCUGUGCGGCUUUCGGGCUUUUAGUUCGACAAAAAUCUGCGGAAUGUCGUAUCGCGAGGCAAUAUCUCACGCAAGCUGCAGUUUUUGUAUGUGGACUGGCAACAAUGGCGCUGACUGCUGUAGAGGGCUCAUAUAGAGGAUAUGUGAUGUUCGCUUGGGUUUAUGGUAUAUUCUGCGGUGGGUAUCAUUACUCGCUAAAGAUGUACACAUACGAACGAGUGCGGUCACGCAAUUUCGCGCGCACGUGGGGCUUCGUGCAGUGCUCGCAAGCCGUACCCAUUGCUAUAGGGGUGCCGCUUUCUGGGUACAUAAACGUGGGUUGCGGCGGCAAGGCGGGCUACUACUUCAGCUCGACGUGCUCGCUCAUCGGCUCACUGUCACUCUUCUGCAUCGACCUCCAUCGGCGUAGCGUUGCUCAUAAACACACCAAAGAAAACGGUGGUACUGUAGGCUGUGAGUCAAUAAGCGUGCCUCGUCGCGAUCGCGAGCCACGCACCGCUGCUGGAGCCGCCACCGCCUUAGUUCUAGGCGCAGAGCUAGUAGCACCAGGCCGAGCAGGGCGUGAUCUGCUAUUGGACAGCAUCGGUCCAGGGAGCUUAGGUUCCCCGCCACCCAACCUCCCUCCAGAACUAACCUGCAUAAGCGAGGAAGGAGGUCUAGACUUAGACUUAGAUCUAGAUAUACCGGAGCACCUACUAGAGGAGCUGGAUUGCGGUGGUGACUGUAUUACUAGUUGCAAUAAGGUUGAAAACUACCUGAUGCUCAGUGAGUACGAAAACAAUCUGAUAGCUGAGCUUCCAAAUCUGAAUGAACGACGAGGUCGACGUUGGUCCAUCGUCGUUAACUCCAACUCUCCCCAGCCUUCUACAAACCAAGAAAACCAAAGCACUAGUCCUGAACAUACCAAUUCUGUCAAGUGGAAGAAAAAGUGCCAUACAAACAACAGACUGAUCACAGUGAUCAAUGAACAGUCAUUA